GCAAGUUGCAGGUGGCCGUGACUCUCAGGCCUCAGUAGGUGCAUCUUCAGCCCACUUCACACUUUGGGCUCCUCGGGGAGGAGGGGCUGCCGCCCUGGCCCACUGUUAGCACAAUGAUCUUGAGGCUGCUCCUGGUUCUCAACUUCUUCCCCUCAAUUCAAGUAACAGAUAACAAGAUUUUGGUGAAACAGUCACCCAUGCUUGUGGUGAACAACAAUGCGGUCAACCUCAGCUGCAAGUAUACCUACGAUCUCUUCUCAAAGGAGUUCCGGGCAUCCCUUUAUAAGGGAGUAGAUAGUGCUGUGGAAGUCUGUGUUGUGCAUGGAAACUACUCCCAUCAGCUUCAUUUUCAAUCAAAUACAGGAUUCAACUGUGAUGGGAAAUUGGACAAUGAAACAGUGACAUUCUGCCUCUGGAAUUUGUAUGUUAACCAAACGGAUAUUUAUUUCUGCAAAAUAGAGAUCAUGUAUCCUCCUCCUUACAUAGACAAUGAGAAGAGCAACGGAACUAUUAUCCAUGUGAAAGAGAAUCAUCUUUGUCCAGCUACCCAGUUGCCUGACUCAUCUAAGCCAUUUUUGGCACUGGUGGUGGUUAUUGGAGUCUUGGCUUUCUAUAGCGUGGUAGUAACAGUGGCUCUUUCUACUUGCUGGAUGAAGAAUAACAGGAACCGUGUCCUUCAGAGUGACUACAUGAACAUGACCCCCCGGAGGCCAGGGCUCACGCGCAAGCACUACCAGCCCUAUGCCCCAGCACGCGACUUUGCAGCCUACCGCUCCUGACACGGACGCCUAUCCAGAUGCGAGCCGGCUGGCACCACUUCACCUGCUCAACACCACUGCUCUGGAUAGGAAAAGGACCACCUCGUCCUCAGCCGGCCACCUCAGGCCCCUGCGAGGCCACCCAUGCCAAUCUUUCUUGAAUGGCUAGACCAAAUAACGUCAUUUUGAGACUCUGAAACGAAGUUAACAAAUAUCACUGUGGCAUGCUAAAUCUUAUAGUGACAUGACCAAAAUUCACACUUACUAUGUAUUUAUUGACUUGAUUGAGCGGUUAGGAUAGGAAAAUAAAAAGUGAGUGAAUUCUGUGAGCCUUAAAAUCUGCUUCCAAUUUUACUCCUCUCUCACUCACCUGAACAUUGCGGUUAAGUGAAGUGUGAUAUCGAAGGACUUUUGAAGUGGAGAAGAAAUCAGUUGGCAAAUC